AUGUCAUUCAUCUCGCAAACCGUUGCUGGGCUGAGUCAUCCCAGGCGCGAGGAAGAGCCCCGACAGCAUUGUUCACACCAACACGCCCAUAGAAACAUCCUCUCCAGAAAGAAUAGCUUACCCGAAUGGGAUCCCCCCGAAACUAGAGAUAGAAAGAACAGCCUCCCAGCUGACGCCAUAGAUACAAAGGCGUGUGAGGAGAAAGGCUUUUUGGCAGCCCUUGCAUGCUUAGAGGCUUAUGUGAUAGGACACGCACGAACCUAUAGAUGUGUUGUAAUCAAUGUUAAUAUAAGUGUGUUUGAUGUGAUUGAAAGAGAAAGUUCGAUAAAGGAAGCCGAGGAAGAUGUUAGUAAAGUGCCUUUAUUGUUUAUUCAAAAGAGCAAAGUGGAUUACCAGAGGAGCGAGUUCCUAGGAUGUGUCUCGUUCCCGCUAAAAGAUGUUAUUAAGAGUGACAUUUCUGGUACGUACUUCCUGCAGCAGACCUCAGGGCGUGGCCAGGCGAACGACGCAUGUCGGGUGAAUGAGGACCGCAAGAUGGCAACUGACAACACGGAAACUAGUACCAAUGAUGGCGCUAAAGAGAACACAGAAAAAGUCGUCGCUAACGGUCCAUCAAGUCAGGCGCAAGUCGCGGCCGCGUUACAACGGGAGGCGGAUGAGCAUCUCUUUCUCCGAUACUUGGAGCUGGACCCCCCGGAAGAUCCGGCAGCCCCGAGACGACCACAAAGGAAUGGCAGAACACCCUUUACGACUACCAGAAAGUUGGUCCGUGGUUCUGGCGGGGGUUUCGGCUUCACGGUGGUAUGGACGAGGCCUCCGAGAAUCGAGAGAGUUGCAGCAGGAGGGUCUGCGGAGAGAGCUGGUCUCAGAGCUGGCGACUACAUUGUCUUCGUCGGGAAUAAGAACGUUGUGACAGCGUCCGAGGAGGAGGUCCGAAACUUGGUCAAAUCGGCAGGUCAAACGCUCAACAUAGAAACAUUUAGGCGGGUGGCUCAGAACGGCGCAGGAGUGAGGCCUCGCUUGGCUCAAGUGACGAUACCGUCCGUGGCAGAGUCCACUCCACCUCCGCCCAGGUCGCCCCGUGCCGCCCUAACUUCUCCAGCAGCCGCCCGACCGCCCACAGCCUGUUCUUCUACUAGCCAAUCGCUUGACAGGCGCAAACUUCACUUGCCCCAAGUCACAUUCUCCAAGGAGCCACCAGGUCUGUCCAUCGACGGCAGAAAAAAGUCCCUAUUAGCUGUGAUAGCGAGAGAACAGCAUUAUGCAACAUGUCUACAAUUUGGCUUGGUCCGGUUUGUGACUCCUCUGGCCGAAAGAGCUGACCUGAUCGCACCUAGCGAUCAUCAACUCCUUUUCCAAAAUAUUGAAGAGAUCUUUCGGUUGUCCGAAGAAAUCCUGGACCAAGUGGUGCAAGAUGACGGAGAAAUCCAAACAUCGACAGUUGUCGCUGUGUAUUUACAAAAAACGCCUGUGUUCCUUAGCCUCUAUAAGAAGUAUUGUUUGGGAUUAAAAAGAGCUGAUUGUGUGCUGGUGAAGAAAUCAAAAGAUCCAAGCGGUGCGUUUUCCCGUUUCUGCACGAGUCCACCAAUCCCAAGGAGAAGGCCAGACAUUACCUCGCUAGUCCACAAACCGUUGGAGCAAUUUCGGGAACUACUAAGGCUGAUGAGAGCCGCAACCAUUGCCAACGGCUCCGGACCUUACGACCAGCUCGAGAAGAAACAGCUUCAAGUUAUUGUUGAACAAUUGCAGACUGGAUACCAGGAUGUGACAGCUGGCUCAGGACUAAUGGGCUUAGCUGGUGAUGGAAAACCUUUGUUGUCAGUAGCUGAUCUCGAGAGUAGACUCGUGUUCACUAGAUGUAAGCCUUUCGUACUAAGCACACCAGGAAGACAGUGGAUCUUUGGUGGCGAGCUGUCCAGAGUGGAAGGGAGAACUAUAAGACCUUAUUGGGCCUUGCUCUUUAGCGAUCUUCUUUUGUUUGCAACUGUCUCGAGGGACAGGGUUUUGUUUGUCACGGAGGAACCUGUGGCGUUGGCUACUGUUUCUGAAGCUCAGUUUAAUGUUAGGAAAAAAGCAACUGAAUUCCGUCUCAUCCUCGGUCGUGCUGGAGGAGAAAGUCCACUAGUGUCUUGUGCCCCAAAAACCCCGAGUAGAUCACGGCCUAUUGUGCUUCGCGCACCCUCGAUCGAUUUGAAAGCUGUAUGGCAGAGCUUGUUACAAAGGCAAAUAUACCGCGCUCAUACGAUGUCUGGUACUCCACUGGGCUCACCUCUCGACUCUCCAGAUCCUCAACUGACCUUCAGCCUCGCAACACUGGACUCCCAGCAACGACAGGUAUCAGCGUCAAGUAUACAAAGGCAUUCUAGCCUCGCUCUCCUUCCCGCAAGCUCUUAUCGGUCUCAUCUUAACAUGCUCGUGGAAGAACGACCUGAAAAAGAAGUUAGAGUUAGCUUUGACGUUAGACCAAGUUCGGAUUCACCCCAACCGCAACCCGUUCGAGGACCGCUCAGUACACUUUGGAAAACAGCUCCAACCCCAGAGACUCCAUCAGCUAACCUUUCCCCUGCUGAUUCCCAAACUUUUUCUUCACAUUUUGUAUCAUCCUCAAGUAUUGAGAGAAACGAGGACGCUCCUUCUCCCAGUGCCCUUCUCACGCCAGAUGGCGCUGAAGAUUAUUCAGAGCAGUCUGUCUGUAGAUGGGAAUCCUUUGAAGCCGAUUUGGCUCUCGCUGACUUAGAUGUCGAUCCUUCUUACAAGCAUGACGUUGAGGAGCGUAUAUUUCUGCCAGACGAUCCGCUGCUACCGCGAGUCGCUUUACCGGAACGACCAACGCCGCCGGCGUAUCUAGAACUUUGA